UCCGAAAUUACCAUAGGGUUUAAGCUUCCCUAUUAACAAACCCCUACCAAAAGCAAAAACAACAACCUUCUCUCAUCUGAAAAAAACAAUCACAAAAAUGGCCUCAUUUGCAGCCGCCAGAUCCGUUAUCCGGUCAUCCGCCGCCCGUAACGCGGCGGCCCGCUUUGCUUCCCAGUCCAAAUCAAAGCCUAAAGCCUCCCCCUUUGGCCUCAACUCCACCACGAGCAAACCCAUUCUCAGGAGGAGUCCAGUGGAAAUGAGCUUUGCUGUUGAAUCAAUGAUGCCUUACCAUACAGUGACUGCCUCGGCUUUGAUGACUUCGAUGCUCUCCAUUUCUCGCUGCAGUUGUGGCUGGCUUCUUGAAGGAGCGUAAUGGUAGCUUGACCUAGAUUCAGCCAAUAGGGGCAAACAUGGUGGAUGUAUUAUAUGGAUGUCUUGUCAACCUUGAAUUGGUUUUGCUGGACAAAUAAACAAAUGGAGGGCUUGGCAGCUACUGUGGUGGCCUGGCUGUUUCCUGUAGUUGUAUGUUAGAUGGAAGAGGAGUAAUUGUAUUUUAAAAAAUAAAAUAAAAGUCCCUCGAUAUUGAGAAUUAUUUAGAAAGGAAUUUAACUCGUUAAAUUGUAGUAUCAGUAUCAGAUGGAAUGGGUGAAUUAGGAUUGGUGGUCAUUAGCAAGAUGAUGGAUGUAAAUAUUUGUUGUUUCAAGAACUCAUAUUGUUCAUGUUUCUUUAAACUAUUGCCUACAAUAAAAGUACAUGUUGUUCAAGAA